GCUGUGUUUAGUAAUCACUCCAAAUACAACUAUGUGGUACUGUGUGUAUUAUGUUGUUGUUGUUUUUCGAAUAUUGUCAAAACCAGCUGUUUGUUUGAACGUUUUUGCAGUCCCGUCUAGCAAACAGGAAAAUGUCAAAGUAUCUGGGCCUUGACCGUUUGGGUAAACUCUUUCAGAUUGUGCGCCAAAAUGGUGGCCUGAAAAAUACAUACCUUAAAUUGUAUAGAAAUGAUGAUUUAAAAUUGGGCACCCUGGUGGGCACUGACAAAUAUGGCAAUAAAUAUUUCGAGAAUCCUUAUUAUUUCUAUGGCAGAAAUCGUUGGGUAGAAUUUUCCGACCGUGUUGGCAUGGACUAUGAUGGUUCACAAAUACCCGCUGAUUGGUUCGGUUGGAUGCAUUAUAAGACUGAUCUGCCACCAAUUCGUGAUGGUAAUCGUCCCAAAUACAAGUGGAUGGCUGAUCACAGUGAGAACCAUUCCGGAACUCAGGAACAAUAUAUGCCAUACACUACUACCCGGCCAAAAGUUGAAGCUUGGGAUCCCAAAAAAUCGGGCAACAAAUAAACAACUAGCUAUUGUUCCGAAAAAGAGAAAUAAGCUUACUCUAGUUUAAAUUAAUAAAAAAUCGUUGAAAAUAUAUAAUUAAUUCUCCUUCAUAAACAAUAAAAUACGAAGAGAUAUUAUUUCCUUUAAACAUCUUACAUAUAAA